AUGAGAAGAAACAUCCAGAAAAGCUCUGAGUGUAUUUUUGAGUCCUCGCGAGACACCCCCCGACGCUCUCCGAAAAUAUCACCAAGAAAACAGGCGACGGAGACUAUCUCCCCAGACCAGUUUAAAAGCUUGAUGGAGAAGAACAAAAAUCUUAUCAUUUUGGACGCAAGAUUCCCUUUUGAAUACGAACAAGGACAUAUCAUUAACUCAAUUAAUGUCUGGAACGACACAACUCUCGCUCAACAAAUGAAGCCAUUCGACACUUGGUGCUCCGAGGAAAACCGUGUUGUUGUUGUCUAUUGCGAAUUCUCUAAAACUCGGGGACCAAAGAUAGCAAAUCUCCUUCAAGAAAUGGAUUUCAUUAGAAUGGAGUCGCUCGGGUUAUCGGAACUUAACUUCCCAGAAGUCUACUUGCUCGAAGGAGGGUUCAAAUAUUUCUACGAGAAUGUUAACGAGCUUUGCACGGGAAAAUAUAUCUCGAUGAGAAAUAUUAACAGCUCUAACAUAGAAGACUUAAGAAACUAUGCAACUCAGAUAAAAACUAGACCACGGUGCCCAGUCUUCAAUAAUUCCCCUCAAAUAACACCUCUUUAUAUGUAA